AUGGCCGACACGCCGCGUGCCUCCCCAGUGCGGAUUGUGGAUCUUGUUCCAUUCGCAUACGAAUUAGACAUCUUGGAAAUCCGUCUGCACGAACUCAACGCUGUUGUCGAUGUCUUCGUUAUCGUCGAAUCUACGAGAGCCUUCAAAAAGUGGUCGAAAGCUCUGCUGUUGGGUGCCGCUCUCGAGUCCAGAAGGUUUGAAUCCUUCCGAGAGAAGAUAGUGUACGCCGUCCUGGACGACGCCGUCGAAGCUAAGUUCAGGAAACUAAAUGGCCGGAAAGAGGACAGGUACGCCCUAGAGACAUAUACCAGAGGCUUCCUGAUGGAGAAAUAUAUAGAAGCCCUCGGGGAGCCUGAUGACAGAACAUUAUUCAUACACGGCGAUAUGGACGAGGUGCCAGCUGCCGAACAAGUAGCGGCCUUCAAAUACUGCUCUCCCAAGGAUCCGCGAUAUCCCGUGGCCCUGCCGACUAGAUUUCUAGCGAUGAACUUCGCUUGGAGGAGAGCGGACAUGCCCGACCUGACCUUUCCCAAUAUCUUCGACAGAAACUCAAUGCAGAAGCAUCCGCUGACGGGCGCUCCUUUGCCGGCGCGGACCAAGGGGCACUGGGCGAUGGACUUCCCAACGAGAGGGGCCCACAUGAGCUUCUUCAUGCCACCAGAAGGCGACUUGUUGAAACAGUUGUCAUUCUCGGACGGCGGUAUCAUCGAGAGGAGCGAAGAUGAUCAAAGCACGGGGAGGUAUAGCCGUUGCUCUGGCCAAGAACCCAUCGAUGGCUGA